AUGAUCUCGUGUCGGAGGCUCUCCGGCGUCGAUCUGGCGUCUAGCGAGUGGUUCGACUGUGGAGAGCUGUUCGGACACGGCUUCUUCCAGCGCUGGAUAUUCUUACUCACGCUCGUUUCCCUGUGCGCGUUGCACUGCCACACGCUCGUCUUUCGCCUCAUCUCCGGCGACGUCGACCAUUGGUGCAAGCGCCCAGACAUUCCGGGGCUUUCAGCGGCCACCUGGAGGAACGUGGCCAUCCCACUGGAAGCCGAUGGGCAUCGCAGCCACUGCACCGUCUACGCGCACCCGCACGACGCCAACGACACGCAGGUCGUGCUGUGCUACCGCUGGGACUACGACCCCGACGGGGUGCGGCGCUCCAUCGUGAGCCACUGGGACUUGGUGUGUGACAGGCGGAUGCUCAAGAACCUGGCGCAAGCCGUCUAUUUCGCCGGCUCGCUGGUCUUCAUGAGCAGCGUUGGCUACGUGGCCGACUACGUCGGCCGGAUGCCCGUUAUUUUUUCAGCAGUGGUGGUCUUGGUCAUGGCCACGCUUGGCGGUUGCUCCGCCAGAACGUAUGCCACAUACCUCGUCUCGCGGUUCCUCAACUCGGGCUGUGCCACCACAGUUGCGGUGCUUUCGUGCACGCUGCUUUUCGAGGUGUCCACUCACAAGAACCGGAGCAUGCAUGUGUCCAUCGCCGUCAUGGCGGGCUUGAUGAUCGCCGAGCUAUGGUUCGCGCUGGCGCGCCUGUUGCGACUGGCUGACUGGGUCCUGCAGCAAAUCUUCAUGCUAUCGCCUACGGCGCUGACACUGUUCGCUUUCUCGGCGGUGCACGAGUCGCCGCGCUGGUACGUCGCCCACAAGGAUAUGCUCCGCGCAGAGAUAGUCGUGAUCAGCGCGGCCAAGGAGAACCACUUUUCCCUGGACACCACGUCCUGCACGUUGAACAAGCUCAAGGCCGAGGUCGCCCGCAACGAAGCGCGCCUCCAGGUUGACCGAGACGCGAACGUCGCCGAAACGAGGAGACUCCAGCGUUGCGCGUUCAUCAUGUUCGGCUCGUACUUCUCGGCCGUGUUUACUACGUUCACCAUUGUCCAGCUCGAGUCGUCGGUGUCGUCCACUGCUGGUGCCUGGUACGACGGGGCCUCCAACGCCUCAAAUACGGUGGCUUUUGCUCUGCUAUACAUGGCGUCGACGGCAUUCCGCGGGGCGCCGGCGCGACGCUUGCUGGUCGGUGCCUUGGCCGUGCUGUGUGUCGCCGUGUGCGUGACGAGCGUGAGCUACGCGACGGCACACGUGUGGCUGGUCGAGCUGUCGUUCCUCGCGUCCAAGUCGCUCGCGUACAUGGUCAACGUCCUCGUACUUGCCAGCUCAUUGGACGUGUGCCCCACGGCGGUCCGGUGCACGACGCUAUGCCUGGCUUUCGGCUGCGGUCGCGUAGGAGCGGUGUGUGCCACUCUGCUAUCCGCGCUGCGAAGGUCGAGGCGCGAAGACUUGGUCUUUGCCCUGGCUGGACUCGUGGUAUUCGCGGCACUGUUGGCCCAGCUGCUCUUGCCGCUACCGGCCAAUCAGCAGACUCAGCCGCAAGCCUUCGCCCCUAUUCCAAAAGGAACGGACUACAUGAAGCAGACACUCGAUUCACUGGUUCCUCAGCGUAAGCAUCAGCGUAAGCCUACGGGUUCUCAGCGUAAGACCGCAAAUCCUGGCGUGGUCGAAAGCCAGCAGCUAGGAUUCCAAGCCUGGUGA